AUCUCUCGUUCGUACAAACCACAUGCACUUUGUGCAACGCGUAGCCAAGCCACCACCAGGUUAAGCGAAGAAUUCGCAAGAAAAGAAACACCACACAAGAUUGCAUUCCAAACAACAACAUUCCUCAGGUUGCAGCAGCAGCAGCAAGCAGCUCCAUAGUAUGUAGUAGCAACGUGGCCACCCGACCGAUUAGGAAUCGGGUCCGUUUCGGGCGCCGGGCCACGCAUGCGUCCCUUACGGGGAAGUUCCGAGAGGAAGCUUUUUCCCCGAAGGUACGAGGAAAGCUCCCCGGUUUCGUCUGAUAAAACCAAGCUCCAUUUCGGCCGCUGGCUUCAGUUCGUCGGCGGAGUUACUCGGAUGCGGAAAUCGAAGUUCCGGUGAAUUGACCCGGUGGAGUGCAAAUUGGCGCGCGCGUUUACAGAAGGAUUUUUUUUUUGCUGCUGCUGCUUGACUUUGCAGAAGUUUUGUGCUUCGUUUUUUCUUGCUGGAUAGUGUACAGUGCGAGAUCAGAGUCAGCAUGUAGGCAGCUGUAUCUCUACAUCUAUCAAGUGUGUGUUUCCUGUGGGGGUGGCCAGGGGCCUGGAGUUGAAGGAGUCGGGGGUCUGUGUAUUUAUAUUGCACAUGUGCGUGCUUCGCUGAUAUUUGUUAUCGGAGCAAAAAAAGUGAAAAAUAGUGUCUAUAUUGGAACAUUUAGUGGAAUCGUGCUGGUGGAAGGAGUUGGCACCGUGGGAGGUUCAAUCAACUGUUCGAGAGUGUAUUUCCGCCGUUUUUUUUUUCGAAUAGCUUGGAGUUUCCGUUCGUGUUCGUUGUCGUCGCAGUCUAAUUGACCACGAGCUACACGGUGGCAGCCUGUUGCUCCGACACGUCCCCUGUGGUUAGGCAAUAGACGGGGAAACAGUGACCUAAAUUUAGGCCAAAAGGUUACGCGAAAUCAUCCAAGUGCGCCGGGAGAGGUCACCUCAUGUGUACGGACGGACGAAUGGCUUGCUUUGGUUUACAGCACAGUAGCGAAGCUCCGCCAUCCAGUGUCUACUAGUACGAAGGAAAACCCGUGACUACGCGACGCCACGCAUAAGCCUACUACGUAUUUUUGUUUUAUCACCUACUAUCACAAAGCGCGGCGUUCUCGCGAUGCAGUGUGCAUGAAGAAGUGAAGAAAAAAUGUGCUGUGUAAAAAAAUGUGAAACCAUUAUUAGUUAUUGAAGCAAAUUUGUUCGGAUGUGCCCGCUCUCUGUCUCGAGUGUCGUCGUUCGAAAGCAAGCAGUUCAAAAAGGAUUACAACUAAUCGCAUUUGAUGGGGGGCCGGCACCAACGACAACAUCAUCAGCGCCAGCGCCGUAUCAUCGACAUCGGUGGGGCUACUGACUGAGGCGAGAAGGCCUGGAAUAAGUGAAGACUAGUUCCGUCCCGACACAUGUCGGAGGAAAUGUGUGCAGGGGAGCAGAAGAAGACGGUGCAGUGAAGAAAGAAAGGAUUGACCAGCGAGUGGACUUUUAGCAGUUUACAACGGUCACGGUUCGGCGAAACCAUCUGAAUCCAAUCGAGACCGAAACCGGGAAACCGACAGAGCCAUGAUGGUGUGAAAGUGAUACCGAACAAAGUCACUCCAGGAGAUGACCAUCAUGGACGGUGGCAGCAGUGGGGGCGUUCGGCAACAUCAACAGCAACAACAACAACAGCAGAAACAGCAAAGUCAACAGCAAACGCCACAACACCUCCAACAGCAGCAGCACCAGCAGCAUCAUCAUUAUCAGCUCCAGCAUCAGCAGCUUCAGCAGCAGAACCAAUUCGGGAGCAAUGGAUGCUCGCCCUCGAUUGGUUCGUCCACUUCCGGUGGAACGGGACAAUUUCCCGCCUCGUUCCCCGACAGCUUCAAAGACUUUUUCGCCAUGCUCAACGAGGAGGACGACCACGUCGAUGUGUUCUCCAACAUACUAGAGGAUAAGGACAUCCCCCGCAGCACAAAGUGUCGCUACAAUCGGUCUUCCAAUGCCGCCACAACGGGUGCCCCCAGCAGCGGAAGCGGCAGCAGCUCAUCCGUUUACCCCGGUGCCGGCCCAGCUCCGCAUUCCGCCUCAUCCUACACCGGCAAUCGGUCGUUCGGGCUGGGUUUCGCCAGCGGCAACACCAACUACAACUUUGGCCGGUCCAGCUCGUUCCGGUUGCACCGGAACAAACCGGCCUACCCCGACCAUAGGCCUCCGUCGGCCACGAUCGGGUUUCAUCCGUUUGGGACGACGCGGGGGGACAAUCAGCAGCAGCAACAACAGCUGCUGAUCAACAACAUCCGGAACCAGUUGGGUGGGUCGGGAAGUGAUUUGGGGGGGUUCGGUGGCUGUGGUGCCGGAAGUGAAGAAGACAAAGCGAUGAAGAAUCUGAGUUUGAUCAAGAGUGCCAUAGUGGAUCGGUCGCCGUCGUCGUCGGCGCUUGCUGGGAUCGUUGCCGGAGGUGGUGGUGGAGGGGGAGGUGGUUUGACAGUGACGGGUUUUCCAGGGCCUGCUGGUGGUGUAGGGGGGAUCAAUCGUUCCAAGUCGAAUUCGAAGAUUGACGAUCGGUCGCCUACUUCGUUCGAGAUGAAGAACUUUGAGUACGGGACGAAGGCGAGCGGGAGCGGAGCCGGAAGGAGCUAUAAAAUUAGCGAAAACAGCGACGAAGUCGAAGAGGACACCCUCAGCUCCGGAAACGCCAACAGCGCCACCAACAAAACCCUCUCGUCAAAGAUGACAAAAACAACCACCUCCUACUGUUUCAUGCGCCAUCACCAACAACAACAGCAGCAGCAGCAACAGCAACAAUCGCAGCAACCCACCUCGUUGAAGCCACAUCACAGCAGAAACAAUUCAUUAAGGGUGCACCGUUCGACGGGAGCAGCUUCAGCAGCCGGCGGCGGCGGUUCGAUCUCUCCGUCCCCCUCGAUUGUGUCGGUUUUCAAUCAAAGUGUCAAUAAAGCCAACCUGAGUGGCUCCUGUUCUUCCUUUUCAACCGGCGGCGGUGGUGGCGUUACCACGGCUACCAACUGUGCCACCUGUGGCAACUGCCUGCCGCUCAACGGAGCAGCCUGCUGUUGUUCGACGCAGGUAAACAUUAACCAAGCGGCUUCGGCCUCACCUCUCGUCACAUACACUUACCUUGGUCCUUCCUUAUCCGUCCGUAUUUUGCCACAGGAUUAUCUCCAGCACCAAAAGUCACCCAUAUUCAACCGGAGGCGUUCGUCGUCGAUCAGCGUGGCGCGGCCCACCCCGGACCUGUAUCGGUUCCUGAAGACGGAGAUUCCAUCGCAGCAACCGUUGUCACCCGGUGCGAGGUUCGAGCCCCGAGACAAAUUUUCCACCCUUUCGACCAGCACCAAAGGAAGCACCCUCGCCUCGUCCACGUCCACCCUGUCCACCCUGGUGGAAAGCGUCAGCGGUAUUAGCACCAGCACCGCCGAAGGAGGCAACCCCUUAACAUCCGCCACAAACACCGAAGCUAUCGACGGCAUCGGACAGCAGCCGUUGGAACACGCCUCCACCGGAGGUGGCCAACCGAAUGGCAAACUGCAGCAGCUCAAUUUCAACUUUGGCACAAUGGCGCCGCCGCUGCCGAAAGAUGGCGGCGCCGGUGGCCAUCUAUCAUCGUCACCGUCUACGUCGCGACUGAAACAUGGCGGCGGGUUGGAUGGGUGCACUUCGGCACCGCCCCACAGCAAAUCCGGACGCUUUCAGAACGAGGAAAACGACGGAAAUUUUAGCAACCAACAACAACAACACCAGCAGCAGCAACAGCAGUCGUAUCACCAUUCGCAUCCGUUGGGGCAUCCCACGGCACAUCGCACCGUCAGCAUCAGCACCACGGCCAUCGUGUGUGGCGGUGGCGGACGGGACGGUAGUAGGACACCGGUGCCACCGGGGACUGGUGCAGGAGGGGGUGGUGGCGGAAGCGGAGGAGGUCCGGGAUCAACCGACUCGGCGCGUCAACGGAUGCGGACCUCCAGCAUGCCGGUGGAGAAUCGGAAGCCUCGACUGGCGGACACACGACGUUCGGCCAUCCAUUGCGCUGACAUGGACCUCGAGUACUACCGGUUACGGAGCUUCAGCAUCACUUCGCACGGGAUCUGCAACCUGGGAGAUUCGAUGCGAAGCCGUCGAUCGAGGUCGAUCAACUCGGUCACCUCGACCGGGUCUGGAGGUGCCAAAGAUCGCAAGGGUAGCAGCGGUUCCCAGAAGCAGGACGUCCAGAUGGCCUCGGCCUCCCGGGAAGGCAGUGAGGACAAUCUGGACGACGGCGAAAAGGAGAAGAUACCGGGCUUCAAGGUGGCAAUGCUGGGAGCUUCCGGAGUUGGUAAGACGGCGUUGACCUACCAGUUCACCACGUCGGAGUACAUCUGCGCGUACGAUUUGAGCCUUGAUGAUGACUACGGUCAGAAGACGGUUUCGGUACUGCUGGACGGUCAAGAGACCGACCUGGAGAUCAUCGAUCAUCCAGCUUGCGAGAUGUCGGAGGAGGCCUUCUGCUCGACGUACCACAUCGACAUCUUCGUCGUGGUCUACUCGGUGGUAGACCGCGGAUCGUUCAAGAAAGCAGAGAAGAUUCUGCACUUCCUAAGAGAUUCGGAAAUGCUGCUGACCCGGGGCGUCAUCCUGGUCGGCACAAAACUGACCUCGAGCGUCAGCGCGAAGUUCCUACGCAUGCCGCCCGGCGGCUUGCCAAAGAAAUCGGUGCCAAGUUCAUCGAAACGUCCAGCGGCAUGGACUACAACGUGGACGAACUGCUCGUCGGUAUCGUAGCCCAGGUCAAGCUGAACCCUCAACGAAUCAACCGGCUGACGGACAAGCAACGCAACAGUAUAGCCGGCUCCAUAGUUCCUCCGGUCAAGACACCCAUCAAGGGUCGCAAAAUGGCCAUGUCCAUGCGGGAACUUCCCGCCCGUGACGCCACC